AUGCACACCGUCUUUCGAAUUGGUGAAGUUCGAAAACUUGACAAGAAAAGUCCACUUUACCAAGUGGACCUUAAACUUACGUCGAAUGAUGACCAACAACUGCAUCAAUUAACCGACUGUAUACGAGAAGAAUCUUCAGGUAGCACUGGAUGGUAUCGAAUGGGUCCAUUGCUGCUCAAAAUUGGUCAAUUUGACAAGGCCGAAGAAUUAUACAUGGCAUUACUAGAACAGGCAUUUGACGACAUUGAUAAAGCAUAUAUCUAUCACCAGCUCGGAUGGGUGAAAAAAGAUCAAGGACAGUACAAAGAAGCAGUUUCAUUUUAUGAAAUGUCUCUCAAAAUUAAACGAAAAACUCUACCGCAAGAUCAUCUUUCAUUGGGUCCUACCUACAACAACAUCGGUGGAGUGUAUAAGAACAUGGGUGACUACUCGAAAGCACUUGAAUUUUACGAAAAAUCACAUCAAAUAAAAGAAAAAGCUCUACCUCCAAAUCAUCCCGAAUUAGCUAUUUCCUACAGCAACAUCGGUAAAGUGUAUAACAACAUGGGCGACUACUCGAAAGCAUUUGAAUUUUACGAAAAAUCACAUCAAAUCUACGAAAAAGCUCUGCCUUCGAAUCAUCCCUCAUUGGCUGCUUCCUACAACAACAUUAGUACUACAUAUUUCGGCAAAGGAGACUACUCGAAAGCACUUGAAUUUUACGAAAAAGCACAUCAAAUCUACGAAAAAGCUCUGCCUUCGAAUCAUCCCGAUUUGGCUACUUCCUACAACAACAUCGGUGGAGUGUAUAAGAACAUGGGUGACUACUCGAAAGCACUUGAAUUUUACGAAAAAGCACAUAAAAUAAGAGAAAAAGCUCUGCCUCCUAAUCAUCCCCAUUUGGCUAUUUCCUACAACAACAUCGGUCAAGUGUAUAACGACAUGGGUGACUACUCGAAAGCACUUGAAUUUUACGAAAAAUCACAUAAAAUCCUCGAAAAAGCUCUGCUUCCGAAUCAUCGCUCAUUGCCUACUUCGUACAACAACAUCGGUGGAGUGUAUAACAACAUGGGUGACUACUCGAAAGCACUUGAAUAUUACGAAAAAUCACAUAAAAUAAAAGAAAAAGUUCUACCUUCGAAUCAUCCCGAUUUGGCUAUAUCCUAUAACAACAUUGGUCUAGUGUAUAGCAACAUGGGUGACUACUCGAAAGCACUUGAAUUUUACGAAAAAUCACAUAAAAUCCUGGAAAAAGCUCUGACUCGGAAUCACCCUCAUUUGGCUAUUAGUUACUUGAAUUUUGCAGCGUGUUACGAACGAAUGGGUGAUUACGCAGCAGCUCUUAAGGCUCUUCAAAGUGCUUUUCAAAUUCAACAACAAGCAUUUCAAGAAGGUAAUCCAGCUUUUGCUUCAACAUAUAGUAGGUUAGGAAGAAUUUAUCGCAGUAUGAAAGAUUAUCCAAAAGCACUUGAUAAUUUCGAAAAAUGUCUCACAAUAGUUCAAAAAACGUUACCUGAAAGACAUCCCAAUCGAGCUAUUACAUAUAGUAAUAUAGGUGAUGCUCAUCGAUUAAUGGGUAAUUAUGAAAAAGCACUUGCAUUUCAUCAAAAAGCAUUAAAUAUUCAAGAAAAUGUUCAAUGUAAUCCUCUGGAAUGUGCAAAGACAUAUAUAAAUUUAGGUGAAACUUAUCGUAAAAUGAAAGAGUAUUCAACAGCAUUGACAUAUUUCGAAAAAGGAUUAGAAAUACGUGAGAAGAAAUUAUCAAAAAAUCAUCCUGAUUUAGCUGUUGUAUAUCAUAAUAUGGCAAAAGUAUAUUUGGCUACACGAAAAUAUAGUAUGGCAAUAAAAAAUAUUCAACAAGCAGUUGAAAUAGCUCAAGAAAAAUUACCUUCAACUCAUCCUCAUCUUUUGGAAUAUAAUGAAACAUUUGAAAGAAUUCGAAAGAAAAUGUAA